AUGUUCGAGAAGUUCCCAAAGAUCUAUAAUGUCUACUUUCUGGCAAUCGUUGCCACCAUGGGUGGUAUGCUGUUCGGUUUCGACAUUUCCUCGAUGAGUGCGAUUAUUGGGACGGAUCAAUACAUCAACUACUUCGACAACCCCUCUGGUGUCGUACAAGGCGCAAUUGGUUCUUCUCUUGCUGCUGGCUCGGUUGUUGGCUCAAUAAUGGCGGGUCCAAUUUCCGACAAGUUUGGUCGUCGCGAUGCGCUCUUAUUCUCUUGCAUAUUCUGGCUCGCUGGAACGGCGCUUCAAGUUGCUUGCAAUGGCAGAGGUAUGCUCAUUGCGGGACGUGUACUCAACGGUAUCACUGUUGGCAUCACGUCUUCUCAAGUCCCCGUAUAUCUUGCGGAAAUUUCCAAGCACUCGCAGCGUGGUGCUAUCAUCAUCAUUCAGCAGUUGGCUAUUGAGUGGGGUAUUCUCAUCAUGUACUUCGUUGGCUAUGGAUGCUCUUAUAUCGGCGACGCGAACUCCACUGCCUCUUUCAGAACAGCCUGGGGUGUUCAAUUCGUACCCUGCGUAUUUUUCAUGAUUGGCCUUCCUUUCCUUCCGGAAAGCCCACGUUGGCUCGCAAAGGUUGACCGCACUGAGGAAGCCCUCCGCAUUCUCGCGGAAAUCCAGGCGAACGGCGAUAUCACAAACGAGUACGUCGUCGCCGAAUAUGAGGAGAUCAUCACAGUCCUGACCGCUGAGCGUCUCGCACCCAAGAGCUGGAGGAAGUUUGUAUAUAAUGGCAUGUGGCGUCGAACACUUGCUGGUUUCUCUGUCCAGGCAUGGCAGCAGCUUUCUGGUGCGAAUGUCAUGACCUACUACAUCGUCUACAUCUUCUACAUGGCCAAUCUCGAGGGCGAAAUCAACCUCAUCGCAUCAGGCGUCCAAUACGCUCUAUUCAUCAUCUUCUCGUCAAUCAUGUUUUUCUUCGUCGACAAGAUCGGGAGACGAACAUUGCUUGUCUGGGGUGCAAUCACUAUGGCCUUCUGCCACUUCGUCGUUGGCGGUAUUCUCGGGUCCAACUACACAUAUGUGCCUGGUAAGUUCUCACCUGAUGAAGAUUUUAUUAUAGAGGGUGUUGCGGGCAAUGCCAAUGUCGUGAUGCGAGUCACUGGACCGCCUGCUCAUACAGUCAUUGCGUUUUCAUAUCUUCUGAUCAUCAUCUAUGCGCUUACUCUCGCGCCGAUCUGUUGGGUGUACGCGGCCGAAGUAUGGUCUCUUGAGACCCGCGCGACAGGCAUGGGUAUCGCAGCCAUUGGUAACUGGGUUUUCAACUUCGCAAUCGGUCUAUUCAUUCCACCAGCCUUCCUCAAUAUCCGCUGGCGCCUCUUCAUCGUCUUCGGCGCACUCUGUCUCGGCGGCGCUAUUCAAUUCUGGUUCACAUACCCAGAAACCUGCGGCAAGACUAUCGAGGAAAUUGAAGUGCUGUUCAGCAAUGGUGGACCGCCGGCAUGGAAGACGAAGAAGGGUGAUUCGCGCCUGCACGAUGAGAUGGCGGCGGUUUCGAAUGCGAAAGCUAAGGAGGAGGCAAGGGCUAGUAUUGAGAAGGUUGUAAAGGGUGAUACGGGUUUGCACCAGGAGGUUAAACCUGAGACUGCAUGA